AUGGCGAAUCCGCAGCAGAUAUCUCUUCGGCCAUGGAUCCUCGAAGCAGUCCCGUUCAUCGUCGUUCUCCUAAUAGUAGCUCAUGUCCUCGCUUUGGUGUAUUGGAUAUACAGACUAGCUACUGAGAAAGAGAGGCAGCCCCAGAGGAGAAAAGCACACUAA